UCAUAAAAGGAUGCGCAACCGCAUUCUGAACGGAAUAAGGAAGUCCGAUAUUUCCAGCGCUAGGAUGGCGGUUAUCGUGCAACUGCACAUCUAUAGCGCAUGAUGCAUAACUGUCUAGUCCUAGUUCAUUGCCCCUGAGUUGGGCAAAGGUCGACGGCCUCAGAACUCAGCAACCCAACCGUCGACGCCAAGCAGUAUGCGCACGUAGGAAUGUGGACAACUGUGCUCUUGCUACUCGCGCUAUGCGCGGCUGGGCUCGCAAGCGGUAGAGUCUUGAACGCCACGACGGGAAGAGACAUUGCUCUGGGCUACGCAGAUUAUUCCGUGGAUAUCGUCAUGGUCCUGAACGACGUGGCCUGGACGGAUGAGGACUGGGCAGGGAUCCCGGUGCCUGUGCUCCUCAAGAGGGAUUUCGCAGUGAUUGGACGUGCCCCAGGGCCAGAUGGCCUGCUUGUGACCUGGGACAGCAAUUACGUUAGCAAGAAGGUGCGGCUUGUCAACUCUACAAUGACGCUCCGCAAUUUUGUGGUCUUAGAAUCACGCCGGGUGAAUCAGAACCUGGCUCCGGGAUGCGACAUGCUGGAGCCAUGUGCGGCCGGCGACUGGGGACGUGUGGUCCUGGACAGUAGCUUCCUGGUGCAGCGGCUUUGCUACCCAGCUUCAAUGCACAGCACGGCGCUGGCAGGAGUUGUGCGGCCACGCGGCUUCCCAGGCACACAGGCCUACCGAGCACUGGUGCCGCAGCCGGCGUGCCAGGCGGCCAACAGCAGUGCAAGCAGCUCGGCGCUACAGGUUGCGGCGGCGCCGCCGCCCCCCGCGGUGGCGCCGCAGCUGCAGUGCUGGUCCCAUAUGGGCGCGUAUGACGAUCUAGGCAUGUUCUGUGCGGACCUGGACGCGUCUCAGAAGCAGGUGCUGGUCGGGUACACCCUCCUGAUGACCAACGUGACGUACGUGUGCGCCGACAUCAUCAGCGACGAUUGCGUGGCCCAACUGGGCACCGUGGGCUGCUACGACAACUGGGCGGAAUACAAGGCGCAGCACGCGCCCUCUCCUCCUCCGUCUGUGGUUGGCGCCGGAGGUGAUUCCGGCGCCGUUGCGCCACCGGCCAACGCAUCGUCGGGCAGCAGCAGCGGUGGUGGAGGAGGAGGUGGCCUCAGCGGGUCGGAGGAGGUGCUGGUCGGAGCCAUCGUGGGCGGCGUGGGCGGAGCCCUGCUGGUGGGCGCGGUGGUCUGCUUCUUCAUGUGGCGCCGUCGCAAGGCUGCAAAGGAGAGCACGGAGCUGCCGCUGGCCAACAAGGACAUCGUCGCGAUCGCACAUGCGGAAGGAGUCAGCAGCGCAUGGGUGCUGUGCCCGCGUUUCUGUUGGCCGCGAUCCGAGAGGUACGGCGCGCCGCCCUGUGGCGACCGCAAACACCAGGACUCUCCUUAUGCGUCCCCCGCGGCUCCUGGCAGCAUCAUCGUGUCAGAAGCCCUGCACGGCAAGGACGUGUGCAUUGCCAGCAAGUCCGCCACAACGCAGCAGCAGCUGUCGCUGGGGGUCGACGACCCAGAUGCCAAUAGCUCCGGCGAGGGCUGUGGCCUGGACGGGGCGGAUGUGGCAGCUAGCUCGGGCAUGUCGGCUCAGCACGCCCAGCAGCACGAAUCGGAGGAGGCGUUGGCAGCGGGCGGCAUCUAUGACACGGUGGAGGUGGUGACGCUGGAGACGCCGCAGCGUGCGGAGGUCAAGGCCGAGGUGCUGUUGGAUCCAAGGGUGACGCUGCUGCCCAAGCAGCUGGGGCGCGGCACCUUUGGACGCGUGGUGGAGGGCCGGUACCAGGGCCAACGCGUGGCUUUGAAGCUGCUGAACGAUUCCGCCUUUGGCUUUGCUGCGGGCGUGACCACGAGCACGGGCGCGCUGCAAGGCAUGCGGGGCGGCGCGGGUGGAGCUGCGAAGGGUAUCGGCGGCACGCAGCAGGGCGACGGCGAUGAGGGCGGCAAUGGGAACGCCCGCCAGAUCGCUUUGGACGCGCUGGUGCAGGAGGUGCAGAUCCUGGGGCGCUGCCGGCACCCCAACGUGGUGCGGCUGCUGGCGGCGUGCCUGACUCCGCCGCGGCUGUGCCUGGUGAUGGAGCUGAUGGAGACAAGUCUGGAGCGAAUGCUGUACGGCGGCGGGCCGGACCAACCGCUGCUGCCGCUGGGCACAGUGCUGGACAUUGCGCUGGACGUGGCGCAAGGGCUCAGCUACCUGCACCCGACGAUCGUGCACCGCGACCUCAAACCAGGGAACGUGCUCGUCAACCUGAACGGCGGCAAGCGGCUGAUCGCCAAGCUGUCAGACUUCGGACUGUCGCGCAUUCAGCGCACAGUUGUGGAGACUGAGAAUCCGGAGGCCGGAACGCCUGGCUACAUGGCCCCCGAAUUAUUCGAUGUCAACAACUUCAGCGUGUCGCAUAAAUUAGACGUCUACUCCUACGCUAUUCUGCUGUGGAGUAUGCUGUCCGGCAAGGAGCCCUGGAAGGAUCUCACGCUCGUGCAGAUGGCUUACCGAGUGGCGGGGCUGCAUGAGCGGCCGCCGCUGGACGUCAUCCUGCCGGAGCGCCAGCCGCCAAAGAUGAUCCGAGUCAUUACGUCCUGUUGGGACCCGGAGCCGGAGCGGCGCCCAGCAGCCGCAGAAGUUGUCAAGCAGCUGCUCCUAAUCAAGCACGACUUUGAACGGGCGUCGCACUGACAACAUUAACAUUUAUGACUUACUGCUGCGGGCACGGAGAUAACUGUGGCUUGCAUGUGGCUUUGCACUAUGUGGGGGGUUGUAAUGCACAGGGUAAUGGUUCCAAGGUGAGACGCAUAAAAUUGCAUCAGUUUGAGAGUCCGUAUGGAGCUUGCCGGGGUUUCGGGAAAUGGAUUUUGUGGUGGUCGUGUACGCAGCACGCAUGGUCCUUUUCCCCGGCUUUCUACAAAUGGCGCGCGCGAGGAGGCAGCCAACCUUGCAGGAAGGCCUGUGACGUGCCUCCUCGUGGCCUUGCCCCUGUGCCUAGCCUCCUGGCCUGGACUGAUACGGCUUGCCGACAGCAAGAGCUGGCCAGAGCAGGUGCCAUUGGGCUUGCGCAUCAACAAACCUGGGCACUGCACGGUUGCGCUGCUUGUGCACUUCGGUGGCGUUGCAGCCUUGGGUAGACGGUGUCAAGCCUGCAUGUCAUACACGUCGAAUCCGAGUUGUUAAAUAUCGAACGCAUGGGCGCUACAAACAAUUUACAUAGGACCGGGAUAAUCACUGGCCUUGCCUUACUUUGUCAUGUGCAUCUCAUCCCAGCGGGGGCUCAUUAAUGCACUAGUGUUGGCACGAAAGGUUUGGCGGCAACUGAGUGAGGAGUGAACGUGCACCUGUACGGGGGUCCUGGCCUUGGACCCACGCGUACAUGGGAGCAGGUGCUGCAUCGAAGAUAUGAGCACGAGGCACGCAUAGCUCGGGUAAGCAUGGGGGCAGGUCAUAUGUGUCAAGGGUGGAAACUCGGAACUGAUACAAGAAUUCAGUCAGGGUCUGCAGGGUAUGCAUUGCGAGUACAGGCUCAAGAUGGGUUACUCGAAUCAAUAGACAGCUGUCGAGGCACGCCUUGACUGGCAUUUGCAGUGUGGUACCAUGCGAUGGCAUUUGUGGAUGCAUGUCGAAGCGCAGUUGCACGUGUGGCAUCCGCUUGAGAACAUUGUGUGCACAUACCGUACGUACGAGAACUUGUGUGAGCUUGGAGCUUGCCGCUUCUGUUGCUGCCGCAACGCAUUGACUGAGAAGUUGUUGCGGUGGGGCAAAAGGGUAUGUCAUGUCGCUGUUUACUGCUCGCAUCCUUGCUGGUGGAUGUGUUGUAGAGCGCCUGGCGAUAUGUCGCCGUUGCAUCGCAUGCCCCCGAACCCCGGGUGUGGGGUCAGAGGGCUGGGCCAGGGUCUGCAAGUGCGGGUGGGUGUUGAUCUGCUGGAGGGCGCAAGCUGCGCUGUGCGCACAAACGUGUUCUGCACGAAAUGGCAUUACUAAUAUGAUGUCAUCUACGCUUCUGUAGGUAGGUUGCCCCGCGGAGUGAGUCAUGGGUGGGUAUCCUUGCAAGCGUCUGAUCACUGGGACAAUACACGCACUGGUUACGGCUCCUUGUUGCCAGACAUUAUUGCAGCUGUUGUACUCACAGGAAGAUCCCGACGGACAACGGGACCAAAGACAUAGAUUCUCUAUCGAUUUACUUGGGAUGGACGAUUUAUCAAGCAGGGGAGAGGUCAAGUAUGUACGGUCCCUGACGGCCGCAGGGAUGCCGUGAAAUGCCGAGGUGCAGCACUAGACUUCCACGUAAGAGGCCAUCCCAUACAUAGCAAGUGACGAAAGAGUAUUUGUGGGGGAUUCUGGCUGCCGUGAUAUGGGCUUUGGGGUGAACUGAAGUGCGGCAAAAACGCUGUGGCAGCUCUCAUGCCGAUGUACCGGCGGGGGCGAAUAAUGACUUUCAAUUUU